AGAGAGAGACACACUCUCUUCUUCGCUUUCUUCUUUCUCUCUGGCUGCGAGGCUCUGAAUUUCGCAACAUCGCGAAACCCUAGGCACUGGCUCGCUCGCGUUUCGCGCGCCCAUUUUUCAUUUCAAGGAUAUAGUUACUUGCAGUUCAUGGCUUGGGAUCUGUGGAGUUCGUCGUAUGGGCAAGUUGCGAGUGGUAGUUAUUACUCGUCACAGCAUCCUGAAUGUGACUUCUACUUUGGAUGUGGCCGCGAUGUGAUAGAGGAGGAUGCCUUGAACGAGGAAUCCUGUGUUCAGGUUUUGAGAAUUUUGAUCACCAAAGCGGAUACUGAGAUUGAGGAACUUGAAAAGGAUCUCUUGUUGCUUCAGAAUGAAUUGGCCUGCACUGAGCAUGAAAAAUGGCCUGAUUUAUGCUGUGGUGCUCUCACUGAGAGAAUCAACCGGCUUGAUGUGGCGGUUAGCACUUUGAAGAAUGAUCGUGCUGAUGAUGCAGAGAUGCAGCAGCUACUGCAAAGUGAACCUGCUGAGACACUUCAUGAAAUAGUGAAGGCUUUACAGAGAGAUUACUGUCGGGAUGUACUUGUCCAGUAUCUAGAUAUGGAUAUCUCAAGUCCGAUUGUGAAUGUUACUGAACAUGCACUAGACAAAGAUUCUAGCACCAUUGAUUCUAAUGUAAUCAUUAAGGAGGAAGAAAAAGAACUCCAUGGAACCUCAGAAAGCUCUGAAAGCUUGGAACUUCUUUUGGAGCUUCAUGAAAAGAGAUCAGAUAAUCCUGAAAAGAUUGAGGAAUUACCUGAAAAAUCUCUUGCGAGAAGUCCCAAUUUGGGGGAUAUCAUCUGUGCAACUGAUCACUCUGAUGGGAUGAAAUUAUCAGAAACAUCUGAUAAUAAAGUUAUUGGAAAUGAAGAAGCCGGAAGAAGCCAACACAUUAAUACAGAUAGAGGUCAAAUCUUUGAUUUGUUUUCCGCCAAUGACAAUGGAAAUAUUCCAAGUGAAGUCAAGAAAGAAAAUGAAUUUGUCAAAGAAAAAGAUGUUAGCUCAGGUGAUUUUAGACCUGCAAUUGGCGUCAAGGGGAGGAAAAAGUGUCUUCAUUCCAGAUUAGGUUCUUCACAGCAACGAAAAAGUGGAAAAUCAGAUCUAGACAAAGAGCUACGUGAUAUUGCCCCAAAAACUGCACGAAGAGCUUGCAGGAAAGAAUCCAAGGUUUCUCCAGAUGAAGAUUCAAACUCUCUGAAUUUACCUCUACAAGUUGUUUAUCCUCAAAUAAAUGCUGACACCGAAUUCUGCUCCUUUAAAGGAAGUAAUGGUAAUAAUUCUGGACAAGUUGAAAACUCGACCGUCAUUCAUGCUGAAAAUUCUGCAUUGAUUUCACUGCUAGGGAUGCAAACCAAGAGUGCCCUGUAUACUGGGUUACAGCUGAUAGAUGAAGAAAAACAAGCGCAAGACCUUAAAUCCCAAAUUGCUGCUAACCUCAGCAAGUCCAAUAUGAGUUUCCAUUCAAAACUAAAAGCUCAGGAAAAGCAGAAACUGGAACUAGAGGCAUUUUCUUCCAGAGAAUCACAUGACAGUUAUACAGAAGUUAUUCCAAGUACAUCCAUAAUUGUAUCAACUAAGAGGCAGCGAAAACGUAAACCCUGUACUGAUGUUGCCAUUUUAAAUAAGUCCAUGAACCGGAAGAUUAAUACUAGAAGGGCAGUACAACCUGACAAGGAUGAAAUUGAAGGUCGUGCUAUUGUUUUAUAUGAUAGCAAAUUUUCUGAACUACAAAAGAAAAGAAAAGUUUCGAAGUUGCCGAUCACUGUGGACAUACAAAAUUCAACCCAUAACUUGGACAUGGGAAGCCAGGUAGAUCUUCACUCUAGCAAGUCACAUUCCUUGGUGGAUUCUCAUAAUGAGACCUCAUCAUUGCUGCCUAAUACUAACUUGAAGAGCAUGACAUUGACUGAUUUGAGGGCCCUGGCAAAAAAAUACAAUGUGACUAAGUACUAUAAGCUUCGAAAAGAAGCUUUGGUCGGUCAAUUAUUUCAGCGACUCAGUAGAUGCUGAACUUAAUGGUGGUAACCCAUUUCUGCCAUGCUAUUUUUGGGUUGGUUAUCCUGGAAUUUGGUAUAGGAUUCUGACGUAGUUAUGAAUGAGAGAUACACAGGCAAACAAAAAUGGAUUUUGUGACAGGAUAUUGUACAGCCUAUAGAUAGAAUUUUGUAAAUGAAAGGAAGUAUAGAUUUCCUUCCUUGCAAGUGCAACUGGUUAGUCAUUGUGACCUCAUAGGAGACUACGAACUUUGCUGAGAUUGAUCAAUCAAUUUGUUAAAUAUGAAGCGCGGGUUACAACAUUAACAAAUUUGGUGGCGUUUUUGUGUGAAUAUUCAGUUUUAUGCUGUCGUUCUCUCCAAUUUACCCCUUUUUUAAGGGUAUUAGUAUUGCAUGUUAUAACAUGUUUCAAGGUCUUCUGCA